GCGUCCCCCGUGGCAUCGCCGCGUGCGGCGGGCCAACGUCAGAAGCCCGCCGUGUUCCGACGAAAAUGUAAUGCUUUUUUUCCUGGAUUUCCCGUUUCGCGGUCGCCAUCCGGCGGACGGGUGAAGGAAAAUUGGGGAUUGAUUUUUUCUUCCCCUCCCUGGCGAGCAAGAAAAAGGAAGCCCGACGCCACGCACGCCAUCGCCGCCACAAUCUCCUCCUCCUCGUCUUCCUCCCUCUCUCUCUCCUCCACCACCAACCAAUAAAGAUCGUCUCUAAAUAGUACAUACCAGUGCAUCCGAGAGUAGGAGGAUAUCUUGCGUAGAUUCUUGGCAGGUUGUUUUGGCAGCCGGCGUCGCCUUGUCCGGGGCGGUAAGGACUCCCAAGAAACAGAAGCAUCGGCGGCGGGCGGGGCUCGUGAUCAAGCGGGGAAGCGGGGGGCGCAUGCGCGAGUACGGGCGGCACGGGGAGGAGGAGGAGCAUGAGCCCCAGCCGGGGUGCGGGGAGGGGGCGGGGCAGGCGGCGGCCAACUGCGCGGCGGUAUGCUGCUGCUGCCCGCUGGCGCUGCUCGACGUCCUGCUGCUCGUCACCGUCAAGCUUCCCGCGGGCGUCAUGCGGCGGGUGAGGCGGAGGAGGAGGCGCCACCGUGUCAGCCGCAAGAAGCGGUCGGCGGCGGCGGUGGCGGAGCCCGCGUCGCCGUCCGGGAGCAGCGGCAAGGCGAUGAUCGGCGCGGCCUCGUCGCCGCUGGAGACCGAGGAGGAGGAGGCGGCGGCGGCGGUGUCGGAGUUCGAGCGCGAGAUCAUGAGCUCCCGGUUCUACGGCGCCGGCUUCUGGCGCACCGUCUCCUCCGGCUCCAGCUCCUCCGCCUCCAUGCGCCACCAGUAGCAGCCAGGCAGCGCGCGCCUCCUCUCCCUCUCCUCCUCGCAAUUUUGCUGGGUGUUAUAGCGAGUAGACACAAGCACGCCAAAUCGCCAACAAUCACUCGAUGAGUUCUUGAGGCUUCGAGCGUUCUUGGUGGGGUGCCAGUCGAUGCAGCAGCAUCGUGCGUCUGGCCGUGCACUUGUUCUUGAUCGACACGUGCGAAUCUGUCCCGUGUGGAUUGGGGACUGUUGGAUUCGUACGCCAUUGUUUUGGGCUUGGACACCUUGGACCACACCGGCAGAUGCAGCAGCAUGGGAUACAGGUCCUGGUCCCCCAUGUAAGCCAGCAAAUGCUGGAACUGGAACGGUGGAAUCUGAAAGUUGUGUUCGAACAAUCUGUCAUUUGUGAUUGUUAAGCUAAUCAAUAAGUUCAUAAAUCAUAACAGAUCACAGUUCAUCAUCGA